AUGAUUAUAGUAAAAGAUGGCGUAGGAGCUUUAUUUGGUUCACAAUUUCCUGAUCAACGACUUAACAAUCUAUUAUUACAACAUCAACAUUAUAUAAAUCAUUUACAAUUACCAACAACGAAUUUCGGACAACCAUAUAGUUAUCGAAACGAUUUGAAUGAAUUAAACAAUGGAAUAAAACAGUUUUCAUCAUCAUUAAUUUGUUUAUCAUUCAAUUUAAUUGAUUGCACUGAUAUAAGAGGAAAUGAAAUUCCAUUUAAUGAUGUAAAACUUCAACAAUUAUUAGAAUCAAUGAUCGAAUUGGAACAAUUUCAUCUUUAUGCUACAUUAAAUUCGUAUGAUAAUUCUCGCAACGUUUUAUCUCAAUUUUAA